AUCACAAACUUCUACGUGGUGCAACCUGCAGAUUCCACUAUAAAAGGCCGGCGGCGAGCGAGCAACUAGCAAUCACAGACAGUUCUUUUACGUUGCGUUUUGCUAUUCGCCAUGGACUGCAGAGUCUGUUGCAGUGGCUUUGAUAACAGGAGCCACCUGCCACGCAAUCUCCAAUGCGGCCACUCCUUCUGCACCAGCUGCCUCGCCACCCUGAUUUGCGGGAAGAAAAUUUCGUGCCCUGAAUGCCGAGGAAGUCAGAAGGUUGAAGGUGGAGUCAAGGGCCUACCCGUGAGCCACACCGUGCUUAGAAUACUGAAGGCAAAACACAAUGAGAGCAACAGGGUGCCUGUCUUCGUGCCUCCCAAGCUGGAAACGACAAUACCCGAGGCGUGGUCGAACAAAGUUUAUACGAGCACGUGGAAAGCUUGUCUCGAGCAAAUCCUCGACAGCAACUUAAAUCACACGAGUCUCCUGAAUAAGGUGUUGCAUCAUCAACAGCGGAUCGCCCAGUGCCUGGAGGAGGAGGCGGAGAGGUGCAAGCAGAAGCAAUUGGCGAUCAGUAAGGUGAAAGAAGAACUGCUCAGCUGCAAGAAGCGAUCAGACGAGGCCCAGACACAGGAGGACAUAGAAGACCAAAGGACGCCGCUGUGGCCAAACUUCUGGUCAUCUGAUCAGCAACGUGUCCUCAGUAACUACCUGGAGGUAAAUGAGAAUACGAAAGGAAACUUAAAGCAGUACUCGGCACGCACACGCAGGAUUAUCAAAAAUGUUUUGGACAUUUCGAGAGGGUUAGAUGUCAAAAUAUACAUCAAUGGGUACGACACAGAUGCUAUAUCUGACGUCACCCUUCUCUUUGAUGACGCCAUAGGGUAAAUUAAAGAGACAUUGUUCUUCUUCCUCUUAUUCUUAAACUUUUUUCCUUUUCUUAUUUUUUUUUCUUCUUUUCUUGUUCUUCCUUUCGUCUUCGUAUUUCUCUCACACAAUGAUACAUUCUUUCAUGCUGUAUCAUGGUCGCUACAGAACACAAUAUCAUCAUGUUUGUACUGAUAAUUAAAAAAUUAAAAAGA